AUGGCUGAUCAUGACAACAUUGCUGUCCGGGGCAAGGACGUGCCUUGCCAACUCCAUCUGACAGCUUUCAUGCGUCCUGUUUCCCUUCACACUGGUGCAUGGCGAUAUCCUGGAGCAUACCCGGACGCCAACUUCAACCUUGCACACCUCAAAUCCUUUAUCAAGAAACUGGAGGAUGCCAAGUUCGACGCCUUCUUCAUGGCCGACCACCUUGCCGUGCUGAACAUGCCAAUCGAAGCCCUGAAGCGGAGCCACACCGUUACAUCAUUCGAGCCAUUUACUCUUCUCUCGGCUCUCUCUCAAGUCACAGACAAGAUCGGACUAGCAGCAACAGCAUCAACAACAUAUGAUGAGCCGUAUCACAUUGCACGGCGCUUCGCGUCUCUCGACCAUAUCAGCAACGGUCGGGCCGCGUGGAAUAUUGUCACGACUGGAAACCCAGAAUCCGCCAAAAAUUUCGGGCGUGAUGAGCACAUGGAUCAUUCCGAUCGUUACAAGCGUGCACGUGAAUUCUACGAUGUUGUCACCGGUCUAUGGGAUAGCUUUGCAGAUGAUGCAUUCGUGCGCGAUGUCGAGUCCGGCACAUAUGUCGACCCAGACAAGAUUCACGUCUUGAACCACGUAGGAGACGAAUUGAAAGUCAGGGGGCCCCUCAACAUUGCACGACCCGUUCAAGGCUGGCCUGUCAUUGUGCAGGCCGGUCAAUCCGAGCCUGGAAAACAGCUUGCCGGGGAAACCGCCGAAGCGGUCUUCUGCUCCCCAAAGGACAUCGAAUCUGCGAAAGCACUAUAUGCGGACAUCAAAGGGCGUGCCGUUGCUGCCGGCCGCAGUCGCGAUCAUAUCAAGAUCCUGCCUGCUGCCUUCAUUGUGGUAGGCGACAGCUACCAGGAUGCACAGGAGAAGCGACUCAAACUCGACAGCUUGGUACAUUACGACAGCGCCAUUGCUUCAUUGUCCAUUGCACUUGGCACAGAUGCCUCCAAAUUCGACCUGGACGGGCCACUCCCAACUGACAUACCCGAAACCAAUGCGAGCAAGACUAGCCGUGCGGGAGUCUUGAAGGUCGCCGAGGAGGAAGGGCUGACCGUGCGCCAGCUCGCACAGCGAUAUGGAGGAUAUUCAGGACUUGCAUUUGUUGGAACGCCUGAGAGCAUUGCAGAUGGCAUGCAACAGUGGUUGAACGAAGAGGCAUGUGACGGCUUUACAGUUGUACUGCCAUUUUUACCGCAAGGUCUGGACGACGUGACUCAACGGCUGGUGCCAGAGUUGCAGCGGCGUGGCAUCUUUCGCAAGGACUAUGAAGGGACCACGCUGCGGGAGCAUCUUGGUCUUCCGCGGCCAAAGAAUCGUUUCUUUGCCUGA